UUUCUUUGUAUUAAACUAAUUUCUUUAACGCGUCACUCCCCAAUAGGAACUUUCCUUGCAGGUCCAUCCCAUGCAAGGCCUUAUAAAAUGUUGGUCCUGCCUUGUCCCCUGUACGUAUUCAAAGCAAACAUAUCUUCCUUCUAUCCCUUUAGAGAUUCCUCAAGAGCCCUUUUACCAUUCCUUCACCAACCAUCAACAAAUGGCAGAAGCCAUUCUCUUCAAGGUUGCUGCAGGAAUCACUGAGAGCUUGAAAUCCCUGGCUCUCAAAGAGAUCGGACUGCUUUGGGGUGUCAAAGAUGAGCUUGAGAAGCUCCAGAACACCUUUUCAACAAUCCAAGCCGUGCUUCGUGAUGCUGAACAGAAGCAAUGGGCAAAGGACGGCCAUAGAGUUAGAGAUUGGCUUGAAAAGCUUGAGGAUGUCGUUUAUGAUAUAGACGACUUGCUGGAUGGUUUCAACACUGAUUGUCGGUUGCGAGAGAUGACGACUGGAGAUAACAUGUUAGAAAAGGUACGAAACUUCUUCUCCGAAUCAAACCAACUUGUCUGUGAUUUUAAAAUUGGCCAUGAGAUUAAGGCGAUUAGACAGAAGCUAGAUGCCAUUGCAAAUGAUAGCAAACUCCUCUGCCCUGUGGCGAUAGGAGUCAGCGCUAGGGAGAGGGACUAUACUCAUUCCUUUGUACUCAAGGAAGAAGUUAUUGGGAGAGAAGAUGACAAGAAGGAGAUCAUAGAUAGACUUCUUUCUGAUUCCAAUGUUGAAGGGAAUGUAGGAAUCCUUCCGAUUACUGGCAUCGGAGGAUUAGGAAAGACCACACUAGCUCAACUCAUAUUUAAUGAUGAGGAAAUAGAUAAACAUUUUCAUGAACUAAAAAUGUGGGUGUGCGUCUCUGAUAAUUUUGAUGUUAGAAAAGUUGUUGAAAAUAUCCUACAAUCGGCAACAAAAGUGAAACAAGAGAGUGUUGAAAUGGACACAUUGGUGCAUCGUCUUCGAGAAAAAAUUGGUGGAAAGAAAUACUUACUUGUGUUGGAUGAUGUGUGGGAUGAUGUUUGCAACCAGGAUGUUAGAAAAUGGCAUGAAUUGAAAAAACUAUUGAUGAGUGGUGCAAUUGGGAGUAGAAUACUAUUAACUACACGUAGUGCACAAGUUGCAAGAAUUACCCAAUCAAUUGAACCAUACUCCUUACAGUGCUUAGACAGCCAGAAGUCAUGGUGUUUAUUCAAGCAAGUGGCAUUUGUGGACGGGCAAGAGCCAGUGAAUUCUAGAAAAAAAGUCGAAGUUGGAAAGAAGAUUGUAGAAAAGUGUUCAGGUGUCCCUCUUGUCAUCAAAACAAUUGGAAGUUCACUAAUCUUUAAAGAUUCUGAAGAGUGGGUUAAUUUCGAAAAAAAUAAACUGGCAAAAACAAAAGAAAAUGACAUCUUACCAACUCUUAAGCUGAGUUAUGAUCAACUUCCAUCACAUUUGAAACAAUGUUUUGCUUAUUGUAGUAUAUUUCCGAAGGAUUACGUGAUGGAAAAAUCAAAAUUGAUAAGUCUCUGGAUAGCACAGGGGUUUAUCAAGCCAUCCGAUCAAAAUGAAUGUCUUGAAGAUGUUGGUCAUGAGUAUUUCAUGGAUUUACUUUGGAGAUCGUUCUUUCAAAAAGCUAAAAUGGAUGCGUUUACGAUUAAAAUGCACGACCUCAUGCAUGAUCUUGCAAUGUUAGAGGCAGGAUCGUUGAUCACCAGAUUAGGAUCUGAGGAAAAAAUCAUUGGUGAUCAGAAAACUCGGCACGUAUCAGUCGUCGGCAAAAUAGAUUUUUCCUUAGUAAUUCCAACUUCCUCAUCUAGAGCCAGUAAGAUACGAACACUUCUUUGCGUUGGUGGAUUCUGGCAUCAGUACUCAAGUACUUCAUGUGAAGCAAUCUUUUCAAGUUUGAAGUUCUUGCGAGUGCUGGAUUUACAUGGAAGCGAUCUCGAUCUAGUACCGAGUUCCAUAUGUAAGUUGAAGCAUUUAAGAGAUCUUGAUCUUUCAUGGAAUAAACAAAUUGAGAAGCUGCCCGAUUCCAUAACUAGGUUGCAAAAUUUGUAUACACUAAGACUCUCUGGUUGCAGAAAUCUUAAAGAAUUGCCUAGAGGAAUUACGAAAUUAGUCAACCUCAGGCAUCUUUACAAUGAUGAAUGUAGAAGUUUGACUUAUAUGCCACGUGGAUUGGGGCAAUUGAAAAAUCUCCAGACAUUAUCUAAGUUUGUUGUCAACUCAGAUGCAGCCUCAAAAGAUAGUGGCCGGUUAAGCGAGCUAAAUACACUAAAUAGCUUAAGAGGAGAAUUACAGAUUUGGGGUUUGAGACAUGGGGAAGACUAUAAGGGUGCAAAUCUAAAGGAGAAAGAACAUCUUCAGGUUUUGACUUUACGCUGGAGAUAUGGAGCAAAUGUUAUUAAUGCACGUGAUGAAAAUAUGGCAUUGGAAGGCCUUGAACCUCACCCAAAUCUUAAAAAGCUACGUAUAGAUUAUUAUGGGGUUGUGAGGGUUCCGAUGUGGCUUUUGUCACUGACAAAUCUUGUUGAUUUGGAAAUAAGUAAUUGUUGGAAAUUGAAAUAUUUGCCACCACUGAGUCGACUACCCUCUCUUAAGAGUAUUUUGCUGUACAGCCUUUUUGAAAUAGAGUACGUAUCAGAUUGUAGUGACAACAAUGACUUAUCUUCUUUUUCUUCAUCAGCAGAAUUCUUCCCGUCGUUGGAGAAAAUUGAGUUCUCAGACUGUGGUAAACUGAAGGGUUGGUGGAGGAGGAGUGAUUCUUAUAAUGUGGAUGUCAAUACUACUGAUCAUGAAAAUUCCUUUGAAACACCAUCAAUCACGAGGCAUGCUUUACUAUUCCCACGUCUUUCAAGAUUACAUGUACGGGAUUGCCAUACGUUGACUUCAUUGCCAAUGUUUUCACAUCUUGUUUAUUUGAAAUUAGAGCGUUGUAGGAGAUUGAAAUAUUUGCCACCAUUGAGUCAACUACCCUCUCUUAAGAGUCUUACGCUGUACCUUCUUGAGGAAAUAGAGUACGUAUCAGAUUGUAGUGACAACAAUGAGUUAUCUUCUUUUUCUUCAUCAGCAUUCUUCCCAUCUCUGGAGCAUAUUCGCUUCGAUUUAUGUCGUAAUCUGAAGGGUUGGUGGAGGAGUGAUUCUUAUAAUGUGGAUGUCAAUACUACUGAUGAUGCUUUACUAUUUCCUCGUCUUUCAAGAUUAAUAAUAGAGCAAUGCCCUAUGUUGACUUCAUUGCCAAUGUUUCCACAUCUGAAAGAAGUGUUAGAACUACGGAAUGCCAGCUGGAAGCCAGUGCAACAAACAAUAACGAAUGCCUCCUCCUCCUCCGCUUCCUCUACACCCAUUGCCUUUUCAUCUCCUCCUCUCUCCAAAUUGAAGAGAAUAAUCUUAAAUCAAAUUGAGGAUCUAGAAACACUGCUAGUGCAAAACCUCAUAUCUCUCCAGCAUUUGACGAUGAAUGACUGCCCUAAAUUAAAGUCUCUCUCCCAAGGUGUACAAUAUCUCACUGCACUUACCAAGCUGGAACUUAGUGAUUGUCCUAUGCUUGAUCUAGGCAACGAUGAGCACGGGAUGCAAUGGAAAGGGCUUAAAAGCCUCAUCUCUUUGGAGUUUAGUAGUAUGCCGAAAUUGGUGUCUCUCCCAUUGGGGCUUCAACAUGUUACCUCUCUACGACGGCUCCAAAUCUCAGAUUGUUCGAGCUUGGUGGUUAUACCAGAGUGGAUCUGCAAUUGGGCAUCACUUGAGCAGUUCACAAUUUAUAAAUGCUCUGGUUUAACAUCACUGCCUGAAGAUAUGCGUAGGCUAACCUCUCUACGAAAGCUCGAAAUCUCAUAUUGUCCCAUGCUUGAUCUAGGCAACGAUGAGCACGGGAUGCAAUGGAAAGGGCUUAAAAGCCUCAUCUCUUUGAAGUUUACGGGUAUGCCGAAAUUGGUGUCUCUCCCAUUGGGGCUUCAACGUGUUACAACUCUACGAGAGCUCCAAAUCUCAAAUUGUUCGAGCUUGGUGGCUAUACCAGAGUGGAUCUGCAAUUGGGCAUCACUUGAGCAGUUCACAAUUUCUAAAUGCUCUGGUUUAACAUCACUGCCUGAAGAUAUGCGUAGGCUAACCUCUCUACGAGAGCUCGAAAUCUCAUAUUGUCCCAUGCUUGAUCUAGGCAACGAUGAGCACGGGAUGCAAUGGAAAGGGCUUAAAAGCCUCAUCUCUUUGAAGUUUACGGGUAUGCCGAAAUUGGUGUCUCUUCCAUUGGGGCUUCAACAUGUUACAACUCUACGAGAGCUCCAAAUCUCAAAUUGUUCGAGCUUGGUGGCUAUACCAGAGUGGAUCUGCAAUUGGGCAUCACUUAAGCAUUUCAUAAUUUCUAAAUGCUCUGGUUUAACAUCACUGCCUGAAGAUAUGCGUAGGCUAACCUCUUUGAAAGUAUUGGGAAUUCAUGACUGCCCCAAAUUAUCACAAAGAUGCAAACAAGAGAGAGGCGAGGAUUGGCCCAAGAUUGCUCACAUCCCAAACCGGUACAUAGACUGAUCAAGAAACGACUUUGAGUAAAGAAGAAACAGGGGAGAGGGAUUGAGAGUUUGUUAAAAAAAUCUAAUGCACUGCGACUUCUACAAGUAAAUAACUUAGUUACGAUUACCUCGCUUUCUUUAUUGUUUUAUCCUUUCCUAUUCAAAUAAGAAAUAUCCCCAUAUGCAAGAUUCUUCACAUCCAGGAGAAUAGUAAUGAGGCGGAAGAAGAGCAAAGGGAAGAAAUAUAGGAGGGGGUUGUGGAGGAGAUCUAGGACUGGAAUUCGAGGGCCGCAAUAUUGAGGCUGUGUAAUUUCACGACAACAAUUUCAACAGGGGCCUGCAUGUUUCUUAGCGUGGAAAGUGAUGGCAAUUUGAUUUUUCUCAAGACUAUCUCAUAUGUCUAAACUUAAGAGUGAUGAUUUGGUUUGCACGUUGGAGCACAUGUAUAUGAAGUUGAUCAUAGCUACAUGUGCUUGCUCUCCAAGAACAUUUUAUACCAUCAAUUAUCUUGCAGCUAGCUGUUGCACAGAAAAUGAGGAUUUUCGAUUUCAUCCUAUGCUCGGUUUAUGGCAGCUUGUAACAUAUUUUCUCUCACUCUAAACGGGUUAAUAACUCAUGUUUGCAGUUUGCUAUUGGAGUACCUAUCCAUUACUGUGUUAUCAUUUGAUAUUAUAGAGGAGGUGUCCAAACUUGAUGUGAAUUUUAUAUAAUUCUAGCAAUUUUAGUAUUAUUUCAUAUUGAAACAUUCAAA